AUGCGAGCUUUUAUAAGCAACAGCAACAAUGAACGUAUUAAAGUGGACCAGGACGCCGCUCUAUGCAUUGGCAGAAAGACGCUGCUGGGCAUCAAUACUCAAAAGUGCUCCAAGGAACAUCUGGAAAUAUCCAUUGUUGAUGACAAGCUGUUUGUCGAAAGAGUAGGAGGCAAUCCAUCCUUCCUUCAGCCGGCUGGCACAACCCAACACAUCGUCCUCGACAAGAAUGUCAAGGUUGAGAUUCAUCACGGUGACAAGCUCUAUGUGCUUGCAAAUGAGGGCGAACUGGAUGUCAUCAUCGAGUCCAGCAAUAAAAGAAACUCUCCUGAUGCAGCGUCGUCAGAUCCUCCCCCCUCUGCUAGUAAACGAGUCCGAAGAAUUCUGGACGAGGAGGAUGAAGACCACGACAACGCACAUAAUCAACACACACUGCCAGAUACGCAGCAGCCCCCACCGAUUGAUGAUCUACCAGUGUGUCAAUGGGGUACAAAGUGCUUUCGUAAAAAUCCAGCACAUUUUGCUGAAUAUUCACAUCCUUGGCGCAAAGAUGUUCCAAAACCGUCGAAUAGUAAUAGUAAUAGUCAAGUUCAAGUUGCAAAUACAGGAGGGCAUUCGUCGUCUGGUACUCCUCAACCAACAGCAGCAUCAUCGCCCACUCGGUCUCAACCAACAGCAGCGGCAGCGGCAGCAGCAGCUGCACCCGUAACUCCAUUGGUAAACACAGUUCCACGCCAACGAUUACCAAACCCACCUCGUGCACCAUCGCCGCCAGUGCGCACUCCUCGUGUCGCUUCGGUAUCAGCAGCUUCUCCUGUGAAGAAGUCCACAUCUUCAUCAGCACCAAAACCAACAGUACCAUCAACAGCAGCGUCAUCAUCCGCUUCACCACAUGUUCAAGAGUAUACAAAUCAACGUGAUGACGACGUUGAUGAUGAGAAUCAGCAAUCUGCUUCUGAUCAAGUACUACGAUUAGCAUUCCCAUCACUAUCUACCCUGGAAUACGGAAUCAACUUGGAAAAGGCCGCUCCAGUGGCUGCUAUGGAGAUUGAGAAAUUCUUGUCGACUUAUGGUGGAGGAGAGCUAGUGCUUGUGGAUUCUGAUGCCAGUGUCGCAGCUGCGUAUGAUCAGGCUGUCGCUAAAAAUCCGAGAUUCAGAACACUUGUUGGUGAUAUCUCCAGUCUGAAGAGUGGUCAUGAUUGUGUCGCAAGCCAUGUCGCCAUGCAAGUAAACUGGGCAUACAAGCCGACAUUUGCUGCAAGUAUCGCAAUAUCGUCAAAAGUACCUGCGCUAUUAUCCCACUCGGUACGGGAGACCUUGCCCACUACGAUAAACACUGGACAAGCGUAUUCUGUGCCACUUGCAAACCAUGUUCCUUUGUGUGCUCAAGAAGGAGUAUCAAAGGUGUUGAUUGUUUGUCCACCAAACAUGAAUCUGGAAAAACCGGAUCCUAUAGAAGAUGAGGUAGAGGCGUUGAGGGUGUUGGGUGAAACGUAUAGGAAUUUGUUUGGGGUGUUUGCGCAGGUCGGAGGGAUAAAGUCACGAGUUGAAGAGGAAGCUCGAAAGUCUGUACAAAUGGAGGUUGAUAGCCCACCGUUAAAGGUACUACCACAAUCACCACCAGUACCAGCCGUGGGUGGCUCCAGCAGUUCAGGAGGAGGUGCCUGGUCUGACGCCCUCCUGAAAUACGCUAAAAAUCCUGAAAAGUAUCCUAACGAAAUCGUAUACUAUGACGAUGAUAUAUCUGUCAUGCGUGAUGGAUAUCCAAAGGCCAAAUAUCAUUUCCUGGUAAUGCCUCGAGUACCAAUGGAUGGCCUCGCAUCCUUAAAGCCAUCCCAUAUCCCUCUUCUCCACGAAAUGGAAGCUAAAGGGAAAGAAAUUGCGGACUCUAUCAAGGUCGAAGACCCAAAGGCUGCUGAUUUCAAGAUGGGAUUCCAUGCUAUCCCGUCUAUGAAACAGCUGCAUUUACAUGUCAUAAGCCAGGAUUUCGUGUCGGAUAAGUUGAAGCAUCGCAAGCAUUGGGUGUCGUUUAAUAGCUCGUUUUUCAAGAGUGUGGAGGAGGUCGUUGAGUUAUUGGAAGCAAAGGGGCGUGUUCAUUACAACAAGGCCGAGUACGAAGACAUCAUCAAAAACGGUGCCUUCCGGUGCCCAACUUGUGGAAAAGUGUCACCAGAUUUGCCAAAGCUGAAGACACAUCUUAAAACUCAUCGGUAA